AUGAACGCCGCCUCUCUCGGCGACACCGCUCUCCAAUCCUCCGACCCCACCACCGCAACCCUGCACUACACAACAGCCCUUCUCACGCACCCCCGAUCGCCCAGCUACUUCAUCAAGCGCUCCACCGCCUUCUCACGCCUAAAGCCGACGCCGAAUCUCCCCGCCGCGCUGCGCGAUGCCGAGUCCGCUGUUCUGCUUGCCCGCGAGCGGGGUAAACGCGAGUUGAUCGUCGAGGCGCAGCUGCGCAGAGCUAUUGUCUUGUUUCUCAUGGGGAGGUAUGUGGCUGCCGAGGGGGUGGUGGGGGUUGUGGAGCGGAUGGUGGGGUUGGAUAAGGAGGGGAAUAAUGGGGAUAAGGAUGAGGAUAAGGAGGAGAAGGUGAGGAGGGCGAUGGGGGGUGCAUCUUCUGCUGGGAAGGGUGUUGAGGCGGAGGUGAGGAUUUGGGGGGCGAAGAUUAGGGCGAAGGUUAAGGGGAAUGGGGAUGAGGAGGGGGAGAAGGUGGAGGAGGUUCCGGUGGGGGUUAAGGUGCCUGGGGAGAAGGAGUUGAGGGCGCAGUUGGAGGAGUUGAGGGGGGGUAAGAGUAAGAGUAAGAUUGGGGGUGGUGGUGGUGAUGAGAGUCAGAAGGUUGAGGAUAAGGCUGAGAAGGAGGAGGAGAAAGCCGAGGUUAAGGAAGCUCAACAGCAGCAGCAGCAGCAGCAGCAGCAGCAAGUCAAGGUCCGUCAUGAAUGGUACCAGUCCGGAGAGACGGUUGUCGUGACGUUGUACGUGAAAGGCGUGCCUAAGGAUAAAGUGGCUAUUGAGCUGAAAGAGGACUCGACAUCCCUCCAAUUCCCCCUCCCCUCCGGCGCCGAAUACGACUUCACCCUCGACCCGCUCUUCGCCCCCAUCGACCCCUCCACCUCCAAGGUCUCCGUCUUCUCCACCAAGAUCGAAAUCUCCCUACGCAAGAAAGUCCCAGGCCAGAAAUGGAGCGCCCUGGAAUCCUCCUCCACCGGACUUCCUACUGCCCAGCCAGUUACAACUACACCCAUCACCACUACCACCACCACACAAAUCAAACCACAAGCCCAGGGCCCAUCAUACCCUACCUCCUCCCGCCACGGCGCCAAAGACUGGGAUAAGCUUGCUUCAAGCCUAACCCAGAAGUCGAAGAAGAAGGACAAACCCAAGAAGAAUAAAGACGCGACUACUAAGGCAGAAGGCAAAGGGGAUGAUGAUGAUGAUGAUGAAGCAUCCGACGCCGAAUCCAUCAACUCGGACUUCGGAGGCGGCGAUGCCGUCGAUGGGUUCUUUAAGAAACUCUACGCUAAUGCGGACCCGGAUACUCGUCGCGCUAUGGUGAAGAGUUAUGUGGAGAGUCAGGGGACUUCGUUGAGUACGAAUUGGGAUGAGGUUGGUCAGGGGCCGGUUAAGGUUAGGCCGCCUAGUGAGUGA